AUGACCCGUUAGCCAAAAAACUAACAUUGCUACGGAGUACGUGUUGCUAUCUAGAGCAAAACUCACUCUUUUCCCGAUUUUGACGGCCGACAACUAAUUCCAGCUGUCGAGAGUAGAAACCCAAAUAAAAACAAGUUUUUUGAAAAGUUCUUUAUCGUUGCGUGCUCGUCUCUCGGAAAGAAAGACUUCAAUCGGCUGCAAAUUUAGAGAGAAAGAAAAUGAGGGAGAUCAUCAGCUUACACAUUGGUCAGGCCGGGAUUCAGGUUGGCAAUUCCUGUUGGGAGCUCUAUUGCCUUGAGCACGGCAUUCAACCAGAUGGAAUGAUGCCAAGUGACACGUCAUUUGGCGUUUCAAACGAUUCUUUCAAUACCUUCUUCAGUGAAACUGGUUCAGGCAAACACGUACCAAGAGCCGUAUUUGUUGAUCUUGAGCCAACUGUUGUGGAUGAAGUGAGAACAGGGACAUAUAGGCAACUGUUUCAUCCUGAGCAACUUAUUUCUGGUAAGGAGGAUGCAGCCAAUAACUUUGCCAGGGGACAUUAUACAGUGGGGAGAGAAAUUGUUGAUCAGUGCCUUGACAGAGUGAGAAAGUUAGCUGACAAUUGCACUGGUUUGCAAGGAUUCUUGGUCUUUAAUGCUGUUGGUGGUGGCACAGGCUCUGGUUUGGGAUCCUUGCUUCUGGAGCGUUUGUCUGUAGAUUAUGGAAAGAAAUCGAAACUUGGAUUUACCAUCUAUCCAUCUCCUCAGGUGUCCACUGCUGUUGUUGAGCCUUACAACAGUGUCCUAUCCACACAUUCCCUCCUAGAGCACACAGAUGUGGUUGUGCUUUUGGACAAUGAAGCAAUAUAUGACAUAUGUAGGAGAUCGCUAGACAUUGAAAGGCCAACUUACACAAACCUGAACCGUUUGAUAUCACAAACCAUCUCUUCUUUGACGACUUCUUUGAGGUUUGAUGGAGCGAUUAAUGUUGAUGUCACUGAGUUCCAAACUAACCUUGUACCUUACCCUCGUAUCCAUUUCAUGCUUUCUUCUUAUGCUCCUGUGAUCUCGUCUGCCAAAGCUUAUCACGAACAGUUGUCUGUUCCCGAGAUCACAAAUUCAGUUUUUGAACCAUCAAGCAUGAUGGCUAAGUGUGACCCGAGACAUGGGAAAUAUAUGGCCUGUUGUUUGAUGUAUCGCGGUGAUGUUGUUCCCAAGGAUGUCAAUGCUGCUGUUGCUACUAUCAAGACAAAGAGGACCAUUCAGUUUGUUGAUUGGUGCCCUACUGGUUUCAAGUGUGGGAUCAACUACCAGCCCCCAACGAUGGUGCCAGGAGGUGAUCUUGCACGGGUGCAGCGUGCAGUCUGCAUGAUAAGUAACAACACUGCUGUGGCUGAGGUCUUCUCCCGAAUUGACCACAAGUUUGACCUUAUGUAUAGCAAGCGUGCCUUUGUUCACUGGUACGUUGGUGAGGGUAUGGAGGAGGGGGAGUUCUCAGAAGCCCGAGAGGAUCUCGCUGCCCUUGAGAAGGACUACGAGGAAGUUGGAGGUGAAGGGUGUGAUGAUGAGGAUGAGGAAGAAUACUAAAUGUAGUACGACAUGGAAGUCGACUCGUAACUCAUUCAUUACCAUGGUUUCAUUACCAUGGUAGUUGUGGCCGUUGCAAUUGCAAUUAGUACUAUUCUAUGGGCAUUAUUGAUGUGUAUAUGUUGUGAAUGUUCAUUCUAGUUGCAUUUUUGUUCAUGGGAAUGAAUCCUAUUGGUGUGCUUGUGUAGUUGGAAACUCAUGUACAGGAAUGAUCAAUGAACAAUGAUGUAUCAUGUAUGUAUGCAGCAUAUUCACAUCUUUCCAUUUACUGAUUUUUUUCAAAAUUGGCAAUUGGUUUAGAUCUCUGGAUGCCCAAUGAAGCCUUUUAAUUAAUACUCCG